AUGUAAAAUCCACUCUUUUACAAAAGUAAAUGUUUUAUAGUUAUUAAGUACAGAUCGAAUAUAGAGAGGAGAUAAUUAGAGUGUUAAAUUUAUAGUGACCUUAAGUUAGAAUUUAGAGUAUCAGAAAAAUGUGUUAAAAUAUUGGGAUUAGAUUGGAAAGAAUCCAUAAGGAAAAGUAUUGUCAAGUGACUUGUUAGAGGUUAAUUUAUAUAGAUAUUUUAGGUUAUUACAGCAAUAAUCAAGUGUAUAAUAUGUUUACCAGAUGAAAGUUUGAAACAGUUAUCAUAAUAGUAUUUAGAAUCGAUGACAGAUGUUGAUCCAAAUCUGCCAGAAUACUUAUCUUAUUAGGUAUUUGUAGAUGCAAUAACAUAAUUAUUGUUUUAACUGAUAAAUCAACCAGAUUUGAGUUCUGCAAUAUACCUUUUGAAAACAAUUCAUGCUCGAAUAUAUCGUCGUUAAUUGAUAGAUGUGAAAGGUAUUGGCAUACUAUUAUAAUUAGACAAUACAAAUUAAGAUAUUGAUUAUCAUAUUCUUGUAAAAAUUCACAAUACAGAUAGAGUAGAAUAGAGUUUAAGAAAUGAUAAUAAAAAGUCUUACUUCCCUAUUUAUUAUACAGAACAAUACAUAUAUAAUUCUGAUUAAUUAUAGAGUGCUGAUAUUAUUCCAAGUAGAAUUAUCAAAUAUAAAUUGGCACCUCUUAAUGAAAUAAUUCCUAUAGGUAUGAGUUGUGAAUGCAUGAUAUUUGCUUUGAUGAAUAAUAAUUUUCAAGAGUGUGAAUAUUAACAUUAUACAUCAUCUUAAUAUGCAUUUGCUAAAGAAAUCAAAUUGAUUGGUUAAGUUACUGAAACUUUUCUUAUGAUAUUACCUAAUAGUUAAUUAGUUCCUGAUAUAGGAUUGUAAUAUUUAAUAGAAUAGAAUGAUGAUUCUUAUGGAUUCCAUUCUUAAUAUUAUAAGUUAAAUAAGUUAAUUACAAGAGAUAUUUAAUGGUGUUAAUUCCCAUUAAAAAAUUAAGAUGGAAAUAAAUUAUUAAUAAAUAUAAAAAGUGAAUUUUUUACAGAAGAAGAUUAUAGAAUUGAUUAAAUAAACAAAGUCAAUAAAAAAUGGGAAAGAAAGAUAGUCUCAGCUAAAAGAUAAUUAUUAACUUCUUAAUUAUAAACUUUUGAUAUAAGUAAAUCAUCUAAUCCAGAUAAAAGAUAAUCUAAAAAUAUUCCAUUUAUCUUAAGAACCUUUUUAGGUGAUUUAAAUUAACCUAAAGAUUAAUAAUAAUUAUAAUCUGCAUUAGAAGUAAUUUAGGAAUAGUAAACAAAUAUUGAAUUACCUUCAUUUUAAUCUUAUUUAAGUAAAUUCAUUUCACCAAAAGGAUAAUUACCAAUAGAUAGUAAAAAUCCUUAUGAAGAUGAUGUUAUAGAAUAUGCAAAUUAAGCACCUCCUUAAAUAUUUUUGAUUGCUAAACCAAGAAGUGGAAGAAGUACAUUUGCUAAGGCUUUAGCUAAAUAACUUGAUUUAGAAUAUUUAGAUUUAGAAAAAGGAAUUUAAAGGAUUUAUGCAAAAGUGGCAGAAAAUGAAAAUAAUCCAUAAAUGGAUGAAGAAGGAAAUCCAAAAGAAUUUUUGAAUCCUUUAGAAAGAGAAGUAUUUGAUUCUUUAAGAUUUGGAAGAGAAUUAACUUAAGAAUAAUUAGAAUCUUUAUUUAAUGUUGAAUUAUCAUAAGAUUUACCUAAAAAUAAAGGAUAUAUUUUAGAUUUACCUUUAGAGAAUAUAUUUUGGGUUAAUUCAAUAUUAUCAAACAAAAUGAUUCUACCUAAAAUUGGAUGUAGAUAUUUUACUCAUGUGGUUAAUUUAUAUUAAUCAGAUGAAGAUGUAUUACAUUUCGCAUCAAAAAUUAUGGAAAAAUAAGAUGAUUUAAUUGCAACAUCAUAAUAUGAUAGAGAAGAAUAAAAAAGACCAAAAAUUAAGUAUAAAGAUCCAAAUGAUCCUGAUGAAGAAGAGGAUUAAGGAGAUAAUCCAGAUGAUGAAGAUAAACCACCUAUUAUUCCAGAAAAAGAUCUAUUUUAUAGACCUUUAGAUUAAGAAUUUCUAGUCUAAUCAUUAUCAAAUUUUUAAGAAUCUUAAUAAAAAUUAUUAUCAUUAUAUGAUCAUUUACCAGAUUAGAAUAUUAUUACACUUUAAUCUGCUGGUUUAACAACUUAAUAAUUAGUUGAUCGUGUAUUUACAUAAAUUUUAAAGGGAUAACCAUUACGACCAUUAGCUAUAAAAUUAGAAGGUGGUUCAGAAAAGGAUUUGUUAGGAUUAAACUUAACCGAUGAAAAGGUUUAUAGAAUGUGGUCAUAAUGGUAAUAGGUUGAUGCAGUUGAAUUAGUAUUAAAAGAUAAGAUUAUAGCAGGUAAAGCAGAAUUUGCAUGUGAAUAUGCAGGGAGAGUGUUUUUAUUUGACAAUGAAGAUAAUUAAAAUAAAUUCAUAAAUUAUCCUAGAAAAUAUUUGUGUAAAGCUCCUUAAUUACCUAAAACUUACAUAGUAUCAGUUUAAGGUCCAAAAUGUUCAGGAAAGAAUACAGUGGCUAGUUAAUUAGCAGAAUUUUAUGGUUGGACUUUAGUGGAUGUAGAAGAUAUAGUAAGAAAGAAGGUUUAAGCCUAAUAAGAAAGAAGUAAACAUUUACAAUCUACAUUUGAUCCAAGAGUAAAUGAUAUUCAUUUAACUGAAAUUGAAUGGAAAGAAUUCUAUAAAGGAAAUGUUAUUAAAGAUGUAUUACCAAUGGUUUUAAAUUAUUUAAAUAUUCCAUUAUAAAGAAAACCAGUAGGAUGGGGAGAACCAAAGAAAGAUGAUGAAGAAUAACCAGCAGAAGAAGAUGAAGAGAAAAAGAAGAAAGAAGCAAAAAAAUAAUAAGCGAAAAAAAAGAAGGAAGAAGUUGUUGAAGUAGUUGAAGAGAAUGUUAAACCUGUUACUCCACCUCCUGAAGAUAUACCUACUAAAGAGAUUAUUCCAUUAUUAGAUGCUGAAUUAAAAAUACCUGAAACAUCAAAACCUAAAGGUAUUGUUAUUAUUGGUUAUCCUUAAACAUAAGAGUAAAUAGAUUAAUUAAAUCUCUGGGGUAUUAAAAUUGAUAAAUUUAUAAUAUUGUAAGAUAGAUCAGAAGAACCUGGAUAAAUACUAUUAUAACGUAAUCCUGAUAUUAUAAUUGAAUAAGAAUUAAAUUAAAUUAAUGCAUUAUCUGCACUAAUCAAAGAAGCUUAUUAAGAAGAAAAUGUUAAAGAAAUUCCUAUUGAUGGAACUAAAGACGAAGUUUGGUCUAGAGUGCGUUUAGCAUUAGAUCCAUUUUAAAUUAGAGUUGAUGAUGAAGGAUUAGUAAGAGUACCAGGAGAUGUAUAAGAAGGUGAAGAACCUAUUCCUUAUGGAGAUUAUGCGAAUUAUUGUCCUGUUACAUUAUAGAAAACUAAUUGGUUGGUACCAGGAAAAGAAGAAUUUAUUGCUUUAGUAAGAGGAAGAGUUUAUAGAUUUUAUGGAGAAAAAGAAUAAUAAAUUUUUAAAGAUAAUGUAUAAUUGUUUGUUCCAUCUAAAAUUACAAUACCAUAACCAAGAAUUAUGUUUAUAGGUGUUAGAGGUAGUGGUCUACAUACUUAAUUAAAAAUAUUGAAUAGAUUAUAUAAGUUACCUGUUUUAGAUUUGAAAGAUAAUUUAAUUUAAAAUUUAGAAAUCAAUAAAAAGAAUAGAUAACUAAAUAGAUAUUAUAUGAAAGGAUUUAAACCUAAAGAAUUGGAUGCUGAUGGAAAAGAAAUACCAGAUCCUGAAAUAACAGAAGAUCCUGCUGAUUUUGAUCGUAAAGCUCAUGAAAUUGAUGUAUUAAAUAAGAUUUUAGAUUGUGGAGGUGUUAUUAUUAAUGCUAAUUUCUUUGAUGUUUCAGAAGAACUAGUUUCAACUCCUAUUGUUGAUUUAUUAGUUGAAGCUAAGAAAUUACCUGAAUAUGUUAUUUUACUUAAAAUUGAACCUGAAAAUUUCAUAAAAAGAAAUUUCAAUUCAAAAUUUAUAGAAGAUGAAUAUUAGAUGAAAAUGGAAGAAUUAAGAUAGAAAAGAUAUUAAGAAAGAGUUGAGGCAAGAAAUAAAGCUAUUGAAGAAGGAGCUGAAGAAUUACCAUCUUUAGAAGCACCUCCAGGUGAAGAAGAAGAUCCAGAAGCACCUAAAUUAGAGGAAAUGUUAAAAGAAUAAAAAGAUAAAUUAUUAUAAUAACACGAAGCUGAUAUGGCAAGAAUUGAAGAAUUAUAAAGAUAAUUUGAAGAACUAAAAAUCAAUGCUGUUAUAAUUAGUACUGAUACUAAUAUCGAAAAUGUUACAGAAAGAAUUACAUCGUAAUUAGAAAAUGUUAUGGAUAGAGAAUAUAGAGAAAAUAUGUUAGAAAAAGAAUAAUGUUAAAAAUUAAAUUUAUAUCCUGAUCCAACCAAUUUCAAAUUAAAUAAAUUAGAUAUCUAUGAAAAAAUAUAUACUCAUAAAUAAUCUAAAUAUGGAAAUAGAAAUGCUAUUACUUUAUAAAAUGUUCCUCAUUGUAGAGAUUAUCCUGUUUUAUAUAGAAAUAGAAUUUAUUAUCUUGAUAAUGAUGAUUAAAGAGAAUAAGUUUGUUAAAGACCAUUUAAAUAUUUUUAUAAACCUACAGUUCCUAAUGAUGUUUAAAUAAAACCUACUAUUUUUAUUUUAGGAAAGGUUAAGUCAGGUAAAACUGAAAUUGUGAGAUUGUUAAGUGAAAAAUUAAAUCUAGUAAGAGUUAAAGUAUCUCAUUUAUUGGCUGAAUUUGUAACAAAUUAAACUGAUUUAUUGGCAGUCAAUAUCAAAAAUUAAUUAAAAGACGGUAAAGAAGUAGAUACAUAAUAUAUUAUAUAAAUAAUAUAAAAAAGAAUUUAAUUGGCUGAUGUUUAUAAUUAAGGAUAUAUUUUAGAUGGAUAUCCAAGAACUAUUGACGAAGCUUUAGCGUUAUCAAAAGUAGGUAUUAUUCCAACAGUAGUAUUUGUUUGUGAUAAAGAUGAUGAAUAUGUAAUUCGUAAAUUAAAUCCUAAAUUUGGAGGCAUUGAUCAUGUUGUUCAUUAAAGAUUAAAAGCAAAUUAAACUUCAUUAUUAGCAUCAUAUUAUUAAUCACAUUUCAAUAAUGUGAGAUAUUUAUAAGUUGGAUAAGUAUCAAGUUGGGGUAUGAUUUCUUUAUGUACUAAAUGUGUAUAAGAAAAUCUUUAUUCUAGAGCAUUAGUGGCUAGAGCAUUAAUAACCUAAGAACCAGUAAGAAUAAGUUCAUUAACUUUGACUGAAUAAUAAAUUAUUUAAAAGUUAAGUCCAUUAUAUAAUUAUUGUCCUGUAUUGAUAAAAGCAAAAAAGAACUAUGUAGCCAGUUAACUAAGAAGUCCAUAUUUGUUAUUUUAUGAUGAUUAAUUAUUCUAUGUAUCAAGUGAAGAUACAGAAUAAGAUUUCAUUAAGAAUCCCACUCAUUAUUGCAACAAUUCAAUUGAAAAAUAUAAGAUACCUAGAUAAUUGACAGUUGGAGAUAAAUUUGAUCCAUUUCCAGAAUAUAAGGGUAUAAUAUAUAAUUUAUAAUUCAUAGGACAUUGUCCAGUUGAAUUAAUCAAUAAUAAUUUAGUUAAGGGUUUAAAUAACUUAGUUAUUAUUCAUAAAAAUUAAUAAUAAAUAUUUGCUAAUGCAUACAAUAUGCAGUUAUUUGAAAUGAAUCCUUAGAGAUAUAAACAUGCUAGAUUACCAGAUAAAAUGUAAUUGGGAGAGUUGUAAUCUGUUAAAGUAUAUUAAAAUAUUAUAUCAAUAUUAGAAUAUUGCUAAGAAAGUUGCAAAAAGAGGUGAUUGCACAUCUUAUCUAGAAUUACAUCUCAAAAAUAUUAUUAUAAGAGUUUUGGCUUAAUUAGGAUACUAGAAACCUAAAUAUCCAACAUUGUCUUGUAAGGAAACUGUCUUAAAAUUUAUUGCUAUUUCUUUAAAGGCUAAUAAUAAAAAUAAGGAUGCCUUUUAUAGGAAUAAAUAUUAAGAAAAAUUAGAGAAAUUUAUGAAAAAUUGUACAUUAGCUUAAGAGAUUUAAGAGAUGUAUAAGAUAUCAUAAGAAAGUGAAAUAGAUGAAGAGACUUUAUUAUAGAAAGUAGAAUAAUUUGAUCAAUUCAUGGCUGAAUUAUAAGCAAUGGAAAAACAGAAGUAUUUUUAAUAGUUCAUCAGAUGA